AAACUUGGCAUUUAGGACAACUGAUCUCUUAAUGAAAUACAGACAACUAUCUCAGAAAAACGAAAAUGGGCAAUCGUCAUAGCCAGUCUUACUCCCUCUCAGAAGGCAGUCAACAGUUGCCCAAAGGGGACACCCUACCCUCGGCAGGCGUGCAGCCUCUCAGCCACCCUUCAGGGAGCGGAGAGCCAGAGCCCCAGCAGUCUGCCAAAGUGAGAAGUCAUCAGGGUUUUGAUGCAGAUCGAGAUGCCAAAAUGCUGAACAAAGCCUGCAAAGGAAUGGGAACCGAUGAAGCAGCCAUCAUUGAGAUCUUAUCAAGCAGGACAUCGGAGGAGAGGCAACAAAUAAAGCAGAAGUACAUGGCGACCUACGGCAAGGACCUGGCAGAGGUGCUCAAGAGUGAUCUGAGUGGAAACUUCGAGAAGACAGCAUUGGCCCUUCUGGACCGGCCCAGUGAGUAUGAUGCCCGGCAGCUGCAGAUGGCCAUGAAGGGUCUGGGCACGAACGAGGCAGUGCUCAUCGAGGUCCUGUGCACCAAAACGAAUAAGGAAAUCAUCGCCAUUAAAGAAGCCUACCAAAGGUUAUUUGACAGGAGCCUUGAAUCAGAUGUCAAAGAUGAUACAAGUGGAAAACUUAAAAGGAUUCUGGUGUCCCUGCUACAGGCUAAUCGUGAUGAAGGCAGUGACGUGGAUAAAGACCUAGCUGGUCAGGAUGCCAAAGAUCUAUAUGAUGCAGGGGAAGGCCGCUGGGGCACUGACGAGCUUGCCUUCAGUGACGUCCUGGCCAAGAGGAGCCACAAGCAGUUACGUGCCACCUUUCAAGCCUAUCAAAUUCUCAUCGGCAAAGACAUUGAAGAGGCUAUCGAAGAAGAAACAUCGGGAGAUCUCCAGAAGGCCUACUUAACUCUCGUGAGGUGUGCCCGGGACCAGGAGGGCUAUUUUGCUGAACGUCUGUACAAGUCCAUGAAGGGCACGGGGACCGAUGAGGAGACACUAAUUCACAUCAUUGUGACCAGGGCUGAGGUGGACCUUCAGGGGAUAAAAGCAAAGUUCCAGGAGAAGUAUCAGAAAUCUCUCUCUGACAUGGUUCGCUCAGACACCUCUGGGGACUUCCAGAAACUGCUGGUGGCCCUCUUGUGCUAAACCAAGCCAGAACAGCGGAAGCACAGGGAGGAAGCACCUUUGUCAAGAGCCCCUUCCAAACCAGAUUUGCAAAUAUAACUCAGCCCAAAAAACCCUGAAGGGUCCUGGUUUAUUUUCCUGGCAGCUUGAGAUGUGUAGCUAGGCCAAGCUGUGUAAGUUAAGGACAGCGGCCUCAAGGCACUUAGGCAGGUCGCCCUGAAUGUUGGCUUAGCAAGUAUCUGUGCUAUCUCCUAAUUCUCCUUUAGUGUGGCAGCUGAAUGCUGCCUGUGCACAAAUAAAAUCAGUUGAUGAAAAAAAUAUACGCAUUCAUAAUAAAAUUUGAAGAUUAUGGAUCUCA